AUGUCUUCAACUCCUUGUAUCGAUUUGUUGAAAGGCUCGCCCGCCACGGCUCUUCUCCCCACCCAGCGCCUAAGUGAUGCUGCAGUAUCGGCUUUGUCGAAGCCGGAAGUCACAGUAACCGGCUUAGACUAUGGGCCGGAUGAAGGUCACUUACCGCUCAGGACUCACCUUGCCGAGUGGCUGACGGGAUACUACAAACCCUCCCAGCCGAUUCAAGCGGAUCGCAUCUGCAUAACCGGGGGAGCCAGCCAGAACUUGUCGAGUAUCCUCCAAGUCUUCACUGAUCCAUCGCAAACACGGUAUAUAUGGAUGCCACAGGCGUCUUACMAUCUUGGAUUCAGGAUCUUUGAGGAUGCAGGGUUCUACCGGAGGUUAAGGGCUGUCCCUGAGGACGAGGAGGGGAUGGACAUGGAGUUUCUUGAACGCGCUCUCGCUAAAGACGAGGCAGUUGCAGAGAUGGGAGAAGGAUACAAGCGUCCGGAACGCUACCGGAAGAUAUUCAAACACGUCAUUUACUGCGUGCCCAACUUCUCCAAUCCCACGGGCGCUACUAUGUCUCUCCGAAGGCGAGAGGCUCUCGUCCGUUUAGCUCGCAAAUUCAAUGCUCUAGUAAUUUGCGACGAUGUCUACGACUUUCUGCACUGGUCUGCCGCUCAUUCUCCAGAUAAUGGAAAUUCAUGGGUUUCCAUCCUCCCUCGCGUCCUGGAUCUAGAUCGGACGCUUGAUGGUGGACCGCGGGGUAUCUUCGGUAAUGUCGUCAGUAAUGGGACCUUUAGCAAGAUCAUUGCCCCUGGUUGUCGCGUUGGUUGGGCCGAGGGAGAGCCUCAAUUAGUUUAUGGCUUGUCACAAGUAGGCUCUACAGUAUCAGGGGGCCCUCCAUCUCAACUCAUGUCGACGUUCGUUGAUGAAAUGCUACAAGAUGGUUCUGUCACGCAGCAUAUAAGACAAAUCUUGAUCCCAACAUACUGUCGCCGACACUCCACUCUGGUAUCGGCGGUCAAGGAGAGACUGUAUCCCCUUGGAGUCGAGAUACAUACGGAUGCAAGUGACGCAUUGUAUGCUGGAGGCUUUUUUGUGUGGGUCAGAUUGCCCCAGCCACUCACUUCUCGCAAUGUCACUGAAAGAGCACUGCGGGAGGAGAAUCUGAUUCUCGGCAAUGGGGACAUUUUUAUCGUCCCCGGGGAUCAAUCCUCCAUGUCUCAAGAUCAAUGCUUGAGACUUUGCUUCGCGUGGGAGGACGAAAGGGGCCUGAUGGAGGGAGUCAAGCGGUUGCAGAAGGUGUUGGUCAGGAUGCUCAACGAGGUGAAGAAGUAA